AUGGUGUUUGUUGGUUUUACGAAGAAAAGCAACACGUCGGAUCCGGUUCCUGGUUCGAAGACAUCUCGCUCGGUCCGCGCCGCGUAUAUAAGUCAAAACCAGAUCGGGAGCAAGGUGCACAGCCCGGACAGUCCUUCAGCCGGUAAGGAGGUCGGCAGAGACACAACGAGCACGAUGCAGGCCCUGAUUCCAGUUUUCGCGAUCCUCAGCGUGACGGCGGCCGCGCAGUUGACCCUGCUGCCCUACGCCUAUCUCGCGGAUCCACUUCCGGUGUACCAGCAGUUGCAGGACACGCGAAACGGGGUGCACGCGUACAGUUACGCCGGCGGGCCGUCCGCCAAGGAGGAAGUGCGGGGUCUCGACGGGGUCACGCGCGGUUCUUACAGCUACGUGGACGCUCACGGAAUCCUGCAAUCCGUCUUCUACGUCGCGGACGAGGGCGGCUUCCGCGUCGCCGCGACGAAUCUGCCGACCGACGGCGAUCUGCCGCGCGAGACCGGCGAGGUCCUGUUAGCCAAGAACGCCCACCUGGAGGAGCACGCGAGGGCCGCGCAGGAGGCGAAGGAAGAGCGCACUGGCCUGCGCAGGAAGCGCAGCAUCGAGGCAGCGGCGGAGGCCGAUCGAGAUAAUCUCGCAGCAGAAAAGCCGCGUUCCCAGGAAGAUCCAGCCGAUCAGCUGGAGCCGGCGAAGGCCGGCUCGCCGAAGAGUUCUCAUGAACCGUCGACGCCGGAGAAGAAAACAGAGACCGUCGUCGCGCCCGUUUACGGACUCCUGAACCCGCUGCUGAUCCCGAGAUUCAGCGGCGCCGCAACGUCUCACCAGAGUCGCGUCGACGUUCACAGCAACAUUCGUCUGAAGGCCGUUCAACCCGUCCCAGCGAUCGGGCUCCUUGCCGAGCCCGUGUACGAGACGGUGAUCCUUCCUGGUCAAGUGCCGUUGGCGAGUUCGCAUCAGAGUCGGGUCCAGGUGCACAACUCUCUUCACGCCGACCUGCCAGCGGAAAAACCGACGGAGAAUCCGGAAACGGCGCAGCCGAAGACAGCGUCGCAGGCGAGCCCCGCCGCCGUCAAGUACCAGCUGGAGGCGUUGCCGUUGGUGUCCGUUUUGCACGACUACAACGAGAACCGCAUCCAGCUUCACAAGAACCUCGGACUGGAGGGGCCGAAUCGCAAGGAUGCCGUGAAGAUCGACCCUGCGCCGUUGACGAUCGUCACCAAGAAGUCUCUGCCGGUCGUCUCCGCGAUUUCCAGCCAGAGCGACCCUACACUCGAGGUGAACCUGCCGCUCGUGAACGAUCCCAUCGCGUUCGUGGCGGCUUCCUACGUACGACCGAUCCUAGAGACGCCCAUCGCUCAGUCGGCUCAAUAUCGCAGCCAGAUUCACUCGAGCGAGAAGACCGAGGUGACCAAAUGAGGACCCCGGUCUCGUCGCUUCUUCGUUUUCGUAUAUUUAUUCUCACGAUAUUUUUUUCGGCGACGAAUCUUCUCGGCGACUUGAGUCCUACUUUAUCGUUUAAGCUCAAAAUUAAUACAUUUUAUACAUCUUGAAAAAUGUGAGAGCGUAAUUGCAUUUGUAGAUUCUACUCGUCCCAUCGCGAGAAGCGGAAAUCAAUGUCGCGCGAGCGCGAAAUACUGUAUGUCGAUGUAAUUCUUGAGAGAGAAGCCUCGCUCGAAAUCGUCAUUGUCGAGCACAAGCCUACCCCGAUGAAACGCACCCUCGAGGUCACCCUCUUUGUGACGGUCGAAGGACCGAGGCGAAACGGUUUUACGCGGAUCAGUCACUUGCGUCGUGCUCAAAGAACUAGGAUUAAGACAUCUUGAAGCGUCUCUCCAGCGGGAAUUCCACGAGCUCGACUAGUUCGCGUCGCUCACGUGGUAGCUCGCUCUAUACGAUAUGGUACGGGCAUCGUUAUUACUCGUCCUCUCACGCCAGUUUAUUCAGCAGCUCUUUGUAACGCGCCUCGUUUCUGCAACGAACACGUCCUAACACACGCACAUUCCUGUGUUUAAAUUAUUGUACGAUUUUAUUAAAAAGAAA